AGAUAUAGACAUGCUGCCCCGUCUGGACCUUGGCCAUGGAUGAACUUUGAGUCGGACAUUGUUUCGGAAACCGAACUUGUUCCCUCAACCAAAGAAGCAGUGGAGCAAUGGAAGUGGAGGGGAUAUCCUCAAAACUUGUUCGGGAACUGGGUUGCCGAUCGAGUUGCACGGUGUAAGAUGGUCGAGAAUUGUUCCAGGGACCCUCGAGAAAAAUGCAGGAUCUAUUAUGUCGAUGCACUUGAAUCUGGAAAAUUCAAGUCGGCUAGGGACAUCGAUCCAGCUAUUGAGGUUGAUGAAAGCGCUAUAAGUCAGCUCUGGGAUCAGUUGCAGAUAGAGGUGAAGCAUGGUCUUCGUCUCCGGGUGUUGCUCGUCGACAACAUGAAACAUCCCGUACUCCAGAUGCUGGGAACAAGGUACAACAUUGAACCGUGCUUUUUCACAUCCUCCUUAAACUGGAUCCCUUCUCGAUACCAAGAAGAAGUUGUCAAGAAAAAAGGAGAUCGCAUUACGGUAACACUGCUCUUUGGCACGGCGCCAUGGGACAAGCCCGCCAUGUCCUCGCAAAGCAAGCACAUCUCCUGUGCCUGUCCAGGCGGUGAAAAAGCUAUAGACACGCAGGAGUCGCUUCUUUGCUCGCCGGCGGAAAGGUACCUUCUUGAAGACCUGCUCGCUCUACACAUCAUAAGAUCAUCCGACCCCAGUGGUAGUACUAUCAUAUCUUACCACCCAAGUGCUCAGUGGAAUAUGACAACCGCAGAGCGAUUGAAAAAUUUAGUCCAGAAAGUGGGAGAGAGCGCGUAUCGGCAGAAGAUAUUCGAACGGUCUAAGGAUCCAUCAUUAGUCCUCUUGGCUAUCCUUUGGUAUGCGCUUUACGCCUGGGACGAAUCCUUGGACCACCUGUACACUCACAUGAACUGGCUGGAAAUAAACGGACUAUCGACAAAUGAUAACAACCUCACAACUGAGUUGCACACUGUCCAGGCUCGACUCCUCCACUAUGCUUCACUUCUCGAGGAUUUCCGCAAAUCUGUGACUUCCGUCAGGAGCAUGCCGAAUCCCAUUCUGGAG